CUGAUAAGAACUGCGAAUUCCAUAUUCUUGAAGAACUUUGCGUUACCUGCCUAUAUGAGCUGUUGUCGCAUUGUCCAAUCAAAAUGCUGUGUGGAGCGCGCGCUGUCACUAGUCCAACGCUUUAGUCGGUGUCAAAUGGCUUCAACAUGGCAAAGCGUUCAGUCCAUGCGCCAGUGGAUUUUAGAGAAUGGAGAUAAAAGGACAGACCCAUGGCUACUGGUCUACUCCCCCAUGCCAGUGGCCAUUAUAUUCCUCCUCUAUCUUGGUGUGGUCUGGGCUGGGCCCAAGCUGAUGAAACGCAGGGAACCAGUUGAUCUCAAGGCUGUACUCAUUGUCUACAACUUCGCCAUGGUCUGCCUGUCUGUCUACAUGUUCCAUGAGUUCUUGGUCACGUCCUUGCUGUCUAACUACAGUUACCUGUGUCAACCUGUGGAUUACAGCACUAGUCCACUGGCGAUGAGGAUGGCCAAAGUAUGCUGGUGGUUUUUCUUCUCCAAGGUCAUAGAAUUGGCUGACACGGUGUUCUUCAUCCUGAGGAAGAAGAACAGUCAGCUGACUUUCCUGCAUGUCUAUCACCAUGGCACCAUGAUCUUCAACUGGUGGGCAGGGGUCAAGUAUCUGGCUGGAGGCCAAUCGUUCUUCAUUGGCCUGCUCAACACCUUUGUGCACAUCGUGAUGUACUCUUACUACGGACUGGCUGCCCUGGGGCCUCACACGCAGAAGUACUUAUGGUGGAAGCGCUAUCUGACCUCACUGCAGCUGCUCCAGUUUGUCCUGUUGACCACUCACACUGGCUACAACCUCUUCACUGAGUGUGACUUCCCAGACUCCAUGAACGCUGUGGUGUUUGCCUACUGUGUCAGUCUCAUUGCUCUCUUCAGCAACUUCUACUAUCAGAGCUACCUCAACAGGAAGAGCAAGAAGACAUAAAGGCUAUGGACAAUCACGCACUCACUGUGUCGUGCUGUACCUGAAUUAAAUUCACUGUCAAAUGUAAAACAUUUUUAAUACAGUAUCUGGAGAUGCGUUGUUUUUGUGAAGCGUUCUACAAUGUUCCCUAUGGUCUCUACUUCCCACUAGGCGGACGUCAAAAUCAACGUCCACUCCACAUUGGUUCGACGUGAUUUCAUUUCAAUUGCAUGGAAACCACGUUGAUUCAACCAGUGUGUGCCCAGUGUGUUAUUGAUGGCCUUGACUGGCUGUGUACCAAUGAAUACAUCUUUGUCAUUAAUUGAAAGGAACGAGACUGACAUGGCUAUUUUUGUUUGUCACGUAAUGCGCCAUACAACUUAAGUGUAGAGUUAGAGGAGACAUUUUGCAGGUUGUCUCAAUUCAGCGGCAUUACUUUUCAGAGUGCUAGCGUGAAACAUUUGGUUUGUAUGCAGCAUUUGAGAAUGUCCACAAGAGGGCAGAGUCUGUCUAUGGUUGGUGCUUCACUUACCAGCGUGUCAACUGCAGUGGAACUGUUCGCCACUUAUCUAAUUUGCCUGCCACUUGAAAAUUCCCAUAUGUAUACACUACUUUAUGUGGUACUGCUGGUUAUAUCUUGGGCACAUACAUUUCACAUUAUAGCAAGAUAUAUUGUGCUUUAGUUAUUUGAAACUUGUAAUUAGGCAAGGAUUGUGCACUUUGUGCUAUAACCAUGUAAUAACACUAAGUGAGGCUCAUCGGAAAAUGAGAAGAAUUCCUGAACACUGUUUUAUUUGAAUGCUCCCAUAAUGAAAAUGGUCUUCUUUUACUGUGACAUGGCAUUAACCUGCACCUGCGCUAAUUCCAUGGAUGUGCAUACCACCGUAAGAAGAAGAGUCACCAUCUGUAUUAUUGUAAUAGCAUUUAUUUCUUAAACUUGGGAAUAACAAACAUUCAGAAUAUCGCUUUAAACAAACUGUACAUUUAUACACAUGAUAAAGUAGAUUUGACUGUGUUCCAGAAUAUUUCACGAAUGACCAUCCACCACCCCUCCAUUUACCAUCCAGAAAUAUCUUAAGACAAUUCAAACAAAUAAACAAACAACAAAGGAA